GCAGCGAUGGCGUGCCCCAGCGGUCGCGACGAGUCCCGUCGCGAGGAGCGUGCCUCCUCCACCGACGAUCGCGGCGUGGAGCGUCUAUUCGAACAGCAGCCGCGGCCCAACAUCAAGAUCGUGCGCAUCCUCACCGUGCUCGGCUACGUGUUUUGCGUGUCCUCGGCGGCUAUCAUGCUGUCGUUGUACUACGUGUUCCUUUGGGACCCGUACACGAUGAAGGCGGGUGAACCACUGGCGGCCGGCGGCCCGUACAGUACCAACCUGUCUGCCUGUGAGAGCUUCCGCUACAAGGUGCAGGAGAAAUAGCGAGCAUCUGGUUUCGGGACAUAAGUCUGUCUAACGAGUACGACACCCGCUGGCCGCUGAAGUCAUGAGUCACCCUAACAUCGAGUCGUGGAAAUUAGCAUAUCCAUUCUCCUUGUCGACUACACCGGACCAGCAGCGGAAGAUUUACUAGAUGGCAGCACCUUUGGAGCGCCAGAGGUCGGCACUGCUCGAGAGUGAACGGCCGUACUAAAGCCCGGUGCCGGUGGCAGCCAACGAAAUUACGUCACAAAGGGUGGAGAGCCUCACUCGCCAAAUGUUGUGGUCGAACAGUUUUUGAGGAUAGUCGUGUAACUGAGUGUUGGAGAUGUGACGAGUACCGAAAUGGGUGUAACAUUGCGUGAACUGUGAAUUUCUGGCUGAACGACGUCAAGUUUCUUUAUUAUAAAUUUCGGUGCUCUACGCAGUCACGCGGCGCUUGUCUUCGUCCGUCCCAUCAAUCCUCAGGACCAACCCAUCCUCAUUCUUGGUCACCGAAAAACCUGUUCGGCCUGACUGCCCACCAUUGCAGUCCCGUCCCCAAGGAAUAAGCUCAAUCACUGCGGCGCGUUACAUGGCUCUUUUCUAUGCGGUGAAAACUGAAAAGGCAUAAGCCAGCGAAGCAAAACAAGCAAAAUUGUUUACCAUCGCUUCCAAAUCCGACCAAUGGAGACCUGCACAACGCACAUUGAGCUGUCCUUAUCGCCAAACUUAUUAGCGUCGUGCGUUAAAUGAACUGUGAAGAUAGGUAUAAUGAAUGGUGAUGCUGUAGGUGUCACUGUUGAGCGAGCUCGCGUUGUGCUCCUACGCAUUGUUUUGAACAGUGCCCUUAGAGCCUUUAUGAAUGCUUGAUUAGUGUCUUUCUGUUGAAUAAAUAUAUGGCGAGUCAUACUGGAA